AAUUAUGGAAAGUUUAACUGAACUUGUGCAAUUUAUGCAACCUUCGCAGCGCUUGGAUUUAAAAAAAAUUGCCUUAACACAUGUCUUAGGUUUGACUGGUACGGAAGAAGGAAAAUGUGCUAUCUUUAGCGUAGACGACCUACUAACAGCUUUAUUUCAUUUAACUGCCGAUGAAUCCUUAGCUUUAGCAAAAGAUGCUGUGUUAGCUUUAAUCAAUUUAACCGCCGAUGUAUCGGGAGCAACAAAAGUGUAUAAUACCAGUAGAGAAAUUCAGCCGGCCUACGAAUUAAUUACGACAGCUAUUAGACAUAUAAUCAAUGAAAAUUCAAACUUAGCCGAUCCAUGGUCUAUGGUUUUGAGUAACUUGACACGUGAGGAAUCUAUAGCUAAUGGAACUUUAGAUAUUUUAGAUGAAAAUCCGGCAAUAAUGAUGCAACUGAUGGAAGCUUUUGCUAAAUUACAAUACAAUAAAAGCAAAGCCAAAUUGGAUUACCUGGGGCCAAUAUUUUGUAAUCUGACACAAACUCAUCGAGGUCGAGAAUUGUUAUGUCGCAGUAAAUACAAUUUAUUGGAUAAAAUUUUACCAUUCUCUACGUACGAAGAAUCGAUAGUAAGACGUGGUGGCGUUAUAGGUAUUUUAAAAAACAUUUGCUUCGAUCCCUUAUAUCACGAAAUAAUCUUAAGAGAACCUGACGAUAUAUUAAACGUUAUACUGUAUCCCCUAUGUGGUCCUGAAGAAUUUACGGAUGAAGAAAAUGAGUUAUUACCGAUGGAAUUGCAGUACUUGCCGGAUACAAAAAAACGUGAAGCAGAUCCCGGUUUACGUAAAAUGCUCUUAGAAUGUUUACUGCAACUAUGUGCUACUAGGAAAUCACGACAGCAUUUACGCUCCAAAGGAGUUUAUGAGAUAUUAAGAGAAUAUCACAUAUGGGAGCAGAAAGAAGGAAGGCAUAAGGAUUGUCUGUUAGCUUGCGAAAACGUUGUCGAUAUUUUAAUCAAGAAAGAAGAAGAAAUUUUAGUAGACAACUAUAAAGAGAUUGAAGUUUGUAACGACAUGAAAGAAAAGUUUAUUCAAGAAGAUGAAGAAUAUUUGAAGGAUCCCUUAUAAUGAAAUUCUUAAAUUAAAAAUCCAUAUGCUUUGUUUGUGUAUAGAAUUAAUAUUUAUUAAUUUCAAUUGCUUUUUAUUUUUGAUUUUCACAUUUUUUUUGUUUUUUUUUUUUUUCCUAAGCAAAUGCUUGAUUUGUGAUUAAAUGCAAACAGUAAAUGUAUACGAAUAUAUAUAUAUGUAUAUAUAUAUUUUGAAAUUUUUGUAUAUUUUAGUGAC